UACACAAACUGUCAUGAGAUUCGGCCCAACCGCUGCUGGCGGUGUGGCCAACCAGAGACUGGGUUUUCCGUGUUGAAUGACGUCAUACACUGUUCCAUGAAUGAGCGAAUGUUCCAGGCCCCCUCCUAGCAUAUAGCCUUCCUCCUCUGGCUCAAACUGCCAGUCUCUCAGACACCUUCAGCGAGUGUGUACCGUACUUUGGUGAUUCUAUUCCUCAACUACACUCAGACAUGGGUAUUGACGUCUACUAUGCCCCCGCCAGCCCUCCUAGCCGAGUGGUGUUGCUAGCAGCCAAGGCUCUAGGAGUGGAAGUCACACCCCACAUCGUUGACCUCAUGAAAGGAGAGCACAUGACUCCAGAGUACCUCAAGAUGAAUCCUCAACACACAGUACCCACCAUUGUGGACAAUGGACUGGCCCUCAAUGAAAGCCGAGCCAUCAUUAUGUACCUGGCAGAGAAGUAUGGCAAGUGUGACACAUUUUACCCCAAGGACCUCAAAAAACGCGCCCUUGUAAACCAGAGGUUAUAUUUUGACGCAGGAACUCUCUUCCAGAGAUUUGCUGAUUUAUAUUACCCAAUGUUCUUUGGAGGAGCGCCUUUUGAUGAGGAGAAAAAGAAGAAGCUGGAUGAGGCGUUUGGCUUCCUAGAUAAUUUCUUGGACACCAACAAGUGUGUUGCUGGUGACACAUACACCUUGGCCGACAUCGCAGUCGUCGUCACAGUCUCCACUGCUGAGGUGGUUGGUUACGAUGUUAGCAAGUACCCCAAGGUUGCUGCCUGGUUAGCCAAGGCCAAGACCUCCCUCCCUGGCUACGAGGUCAACCAGAAGGGUGCAGAAGCCUUCAAGGGAAUGGUCGACUUUUUGACCAAGAAGCAUUAAAACUUUUGUCCCCACCAAAGAUUACUUUUAAGUGUCAAUUUUGUUGUAAAUGUUCUUAGAUAAGUUAUUUUAUGUUAAUAAAUUAAGUCUACUGUAA